UUGCGCUACACAUGUUUUGGAAAUAAACUGUUUUUCCUUGUUUUUAUUUUUUGUUUUUACAGCAAAAUAUGGUACUUUGACUUUUACGCACCGCCAUGAUGACCAUUCGAUAAUAACGUAAUGUAUACAGGAAUAUAAUAUAUGCAUUUUUUAUAAUGUUUUGGGAGUUUGCCAUAAACUGGCUGAAAGAAUUGACAGAUUACAUAAAUGCCACAGCCGAACAGCUAUUCAAAAGUAUCAACACAUACAAUCAGUGAACUUGUUUAAACUCAAAUAAACAGUGUAACGAGAUGGCCAGUUCCACAUUUUUUAAACACGUCAUCGCCGUGCAGAUUGUUGUUAUAGCCAUCAACAUACGUAUGUUGAUCGAAGCAAGAGUAAUAUCGAGUACGUUGUCGACGGCUCGUUUAACAUCAAUUGACAGGAUGUUGGACACGACACAAAUGGGAUUGAAUGAGAUGAUGAGCACGACACAGAAUAAAGAAGAGCCUGCGAGACCAGCUGGAGAUACGCCGAACGCUCUAGGAACAGCCAGCCGAAAGGUGGCGCCACCCAAUUCGCCGACCAAGAUAACAUUUUUGUUCGCUGGAGGUGAUCCGUUCAACGGAUCGGGAACUGAAGAAGACGUUAAAGUGAUGAGGGCCAUAAUGGAAUAUACGUUGAUGUCGAAAAUGCCACGGACCGAAGACAACAAGCCAAUUACCGAGGAUAUCAUCAAUAGGAACAUAGACGGCCUGAGAGAUAUGGUUGAUACACUAACAAAAGCCGGUGCGAGCAAGCAAGACAUGGUUAACUUGGCCAUCGUGCUGACGGCAAACGGUAAAAUGGAAGUUCCAGAAGUUACUCAAGAAAAGAUACUGAAAUUGCUGCUGGACAAAAGAGGUGUGUUCAAGAAAAACAGCAAGCAAAUGGAAUUCAUCAACGAUAUAGCCAACUCGGAUAAACAACUACGUGGACUACCGACCGAGGACAUUAACGACUUUAUGUUGCAGUCUGGCAAAUGGACUGCCGUCGACAACCCGGAAGACAAACAGAAAUUUGUUGCACACGUGCAGCAUCAGGAGCAAAGCUCAUACGAAGAGGAUUCGAUAAACGAUUUUCCAGACCAGGACAAUUCCCAAUCGUCAUCUGAUGAAAAUUCAGUUUAAUCAAACGCCAUUAGGGACGGCGGCUGAAAAAACAUCAUGACAGCGCAAAGUCGUUCUAUACCGGCGUAUAGUUAUGUCUCAAUAUCAUAAAUAUUUAUUGUAUGUAUAUAUAUACCUAUAUAUGCUUUUAUUAUACUACCAUAUUCAUUCAUGAUGUAAACUGUAGGCCAAUAACAAGGUAAUAAUCUAUAAAAUAUACUAUUUCACGUCAUAAAAACGUAUUACUAUUGUGAUAUAAAGCUCAUAACUCACAAUAAACGACAAUCGCAUUUUGAAAUAACAUCGAUAAAGGUGCGGAAAUAAACAAUAUGGGGUUGCCUUUUGUCGAACCGGAGUACUCCUACACGAAUUAAAACCAUUAAAAAAAUCGUUUUCACUUUACCUACUAAUUACGGCCCAUGUUUUGCUUUAAAUGGUUUACAAUCAGAGAAAAAAAUUUCAACAACUAGAUAAAAUAUGACCCAUAGUAAUAUAUUAAAAUACUAAUAAAUAUAUUUAUGUCGGAUUAAUUUUGCCCAUUUAUACAACCAAUACUACUAUA